CCGCGAUAGUGAAUAUAACGCCAGUAAAAAACAACAUUAUUGGUGGUUUUACCAUUGCUGGUAAGCAUAAAAAUAGCUUGCGUGCUUUGUGGGAUCGCCGUACGCAGCUUCGAACUGUGCACAUUUAUUGCCAAAACAAGCUAUGCUAAAGAAAGUCGACACCUAAAUUCUUCUUACUUCGCGUGCUCAACAUUCGACACAUUUGGGACGAAAAAGCCCUUUUGUUGUUGCGCUGCCUCUACCUUGGAAGCGGUGGCCUUGUGUCGCGGAAAAGAAAGAAACUUUAGACUUGCUACGAGGGAAUAGCCUUCGGAUCUGCUUGCAAUCGCUGCCUGAAAAUGGCAUCACCGCUAGAGCACUACGUGAAUCAUGUCCGCACUAUGAGCAGUGCCGGAAGCUACCGGGAACUGGUGGAAUACCUACUGGAAUCGACAGAACUGUUGGCGAAAAACGGGAACAUAUUAGAUAACGUAUUGGAGACGCUUGACAUUCAGCAGCAUUCGCUGGGUGUGCUCUUUGUGCUGGUGAUCAAAUUUAGCGAACCUAAUAAUCACGACGAUGCAGAAAACGUGCUUCGGGUUGUGAGAGAGUUCAUCACGCUGUGCAACGGAGAACAAGUCAGAUUCGCUACACAACCAUAUUUUGAGCUCUGCCACCAAUUUACUUCAGCCUUGGUAAAAAAUAAACAAUAUACGAUCCAGGGCAUUCAGGUGCUUGCGUUGGCAGUGGAAAAAAUCAGAUUAUUUGACACUCAGCUCACCCCCGUCCACGCCGAUUUGUGCCAGCUGUGUUUGUGCGCAAAAGUGUUCAGUCCGGCGUUGCGUUUCCUGGAUAUGGACAUCACAGCUAUCGCCAAUACCGAUGAUAGCAACCACGAUACCAAGUACUUCCUGCUGUAUUACUACUACGGUGGAAUGUUGUACACUGCUGUUAAAAACUACGAACGGGCACUGUACUUUUUUGAGGUAGCGGUUUCAACGCCGGCGUUGGCCAUGUCACACAUAAUGCUGGAAUCAUACAAAAAGUACAUCCUCGUUUCCCUGAUAUUGCACGGGAAGGUCGUUGCUAUCCCGAAAUAUUCUUCCCAAGUCAUCUCGCGGUUUAUGAAACCUUUGAGUCAUGCCUAUCAUGACCUCUCCAGCGCGUACAACAGUUCCAACAGUGACGAAGUGCGGCUGAUCGUAAACAAAUACCGGGACUCGUUCAUUCGUGAUACCAACAUGGGCUUGGUUAAACAGGUCGUUUCUUCGUUGUACAAGAAGAACAUCCAACGUCUCACGAAAACCUUUCUAACGCUGUCGCUGGCAGAUGUUGCGAGCCGAGUGCAGCUAUCGGGACCGGCCGAAGCAGAAAAGUACAUCCUAAAUAUGAUUAAAUCGGGAGAAAUUUUUGCCUCGAUCAACCAGAAAGAUGGUAUGGUCGUGUUUAAGGACGACCCGGAGAAGUACGACAGCCCGGAUAUGUUCAAUAAGGUGCAGCAUGAAAUCAGUCGUGUAAUGGACCUUAAUAAGCAGAUUCUCAAAAUGGAAGAGGAUAUAAUGCUCAAUCCAGUGUACAUUAAGAAAUCGAUGGGCAAUCAGGAAGACGACAUUCUUAGUGGACAGCAUGGCCAACAUUCGAAGGCUUUUUCAGGUGAUCCUGCCGAAUAAUGCAACCAGCGGGUGGAAUCAACCCAAUCGACUGACAACACCGCAAGCUAACAGUAGAUACGUAGUUUAAAGCAAAGACCGACAAAACUACAACCAUCAGAACGCUAAAAAUAUAUCGGAUCCCUCGAUCUGCAGUGUAACCUGCAGUGCAGACCAUAUUACAAUUUAGAAAGCAGCAAUCACUCACACACAAACACAUACGAACAUUCAUUUAGCAGAAAAAGCUAACUUUUUUUUGAUUACAAUACACGGCGAGCCAUCGUUUAAAACAAAAUAUUCGGUUGUUGCUGUUGUGAAAUUAUUAAACUAAAAACAAGCUUGACGCUCGCUCGUUGAACAAUAGACACCGGCCGGGCGCUCACAAAACAAAACAAAACAAAAAAAUAACUAGCAUGAAACACUAAUACAAUGCACUACUGUUGGAAUCUGGAUCCCCGAGCAGAAUGAGCUUCAAUGUGAAAAAUAAAAUGUUAAACGAAAGCUUUGUUACAAAAUGAAAACAAAACAAGUAAAACAAGCCGUGUGAGUUUAUUAAAUCUAGUUUUUCGAACGUCACUAGGGAAACAAGCAGAAGUUGCAGUUCGAUGUGAAGAAAGUAAGAAAAAACGAGCCAGUCUUUGCAGUGGGCACUUCGAAUAGGUACGGAUCGAGUCGUUGAUUGAUGCUUGAUCUGAGAAAUAGAAUGCAGAGAAUAUAAAGCGCAAAGUAUGUGAGGGAAAAAGUAGAGUGCGAGCGGUUAAGAAGUUUGUUCCUGAGUUUAGUGAAGAAAAAAAAAGAAUUAGGAAUGCGCAAUCGAAAUAAGAGUUUUUUUUUUCGAAGAAUUCUCUCAAUAAAAUCUUGGAACA